UUACAUUCCUUUGUCGCUGCCGUUCUCAGCAUCACAACAGUCCUUGUUAACGCCCAGACAUCUGCGCCGCUCCAGUUCGCAGGUGUGAAUAUUGCAGGCUUUGAUUUCGGUUGUAGCACAGAUGGCACUUGCAGUGCUUCAGGUGCUAUUCCCCCUAUUCAACAAUUAUCCGGUAUUGAUGGCGUGGGCCAAAUGCAACACUUUUUCAAUGACGGCUACAAUGUGUUCCGUCUUCCUGUUGGUUGGCAGUAUCUCACCAAUGACCAAAUGACUGGUGUCUUGGAUGAGACUCAGUUUGCCAACUAUAACACGCUGGUGUCCGACUGUCUGAACAUUGGCGCUUACUGUAUAAUUGAUAUCCACAAUUACGCCAGGUACAAUGGGCAGGUUAUCGGUCAAGGCGGUCCAAGCAACGAAGUCUUCGCUGAGCUCUGGUCCGAUAUUGCCUCGUACUGGAAGAACGAGACGAAAGUCAUCUUUGGGGUCAUGAACGAACCUCAUGAUAUCCCGAAUAUCAGCACUUGGGCAGAGUCCGGUAUGAUAUCUCUUGAUGGACCUGGUGCUAGCACUCAGAUGAUUCUCCUCCCUGGGACAGACUAUACUUCUGCGAAGAAUUUUGUAUCCAGUGGUUCUGCUGAUGCCCUUGGCGAGGUGAAGAACCCUGACGGCACAUUCACCAACCUCAUUAUGGACGUCCACAGGUACCUCGACUCCGAUGGCUCUGGCACCAACGCUGAGUGCGUGACCAACGGCAUCGAUGACUCAUGGACCCCUCUGGCCACCUGGCUCCGUGCAAACGGUCGGAAGGCCCUCAAUACGGAGAUUGGUGGUGGGAACGUAGAAUCUUGCGUUAGCUACGUAUCGCAGGCGAUCAGCUACCAAGCUUCUCAAUCUGAUGUUAUCCUCGGCUACAUUGGGUGGGCGGCUGGCUCCUUCGCCACAAGCUAUGUGCUUUCUCAGGUGCCUUCAUAUAGCGGAAACGGCUGGAAUGACACGCUCUUGGUCUCGAUGACCAUGUCGCCCAAAACUAAUAAGUUCGUUGUAACUGUAGCAUGA